ACCACGCAGGCGCGGGCGGGCGCGGCGCCGCCGUGACCCCGGGUUACCGAGCGGAAGUCUCGGCGAGUACGUGGCGGAGCGGGGUUCGCCCGGCGGCGCAGAGCCGAGGCCUGGGUCUGGGCGGAGAGGCUUUUACCCCCCCCCCACCCCCCUCCCUCUCACAGCCCGGUAUAAAGAGCGGGGCCGGCGGCCAGGGAUGAUCAGGUUACAGCGGCACUGGCUGUGGAUCAGUCACACGGUGCGGCAGAUGGCCAGGAGGCCCGAGUAUGUGUGCGGGGCGGUAGCUGUCAUCUGUACCUUGUUCAGCCUCAGCCUCAGGCUCGCGCUCAGUCGAGCCAAAGAUGUAGUCAAAAUGGCCCCACCUCCUGUUCGGUUUUUCUCCCCCAACUCUCCUGUUAUUGACCUGUACAUGGGGCAACUGGAUCAAGUGGAAAGAUAUUGUCACAUAUCUGAAGUCUACGUUAUUCUGUUUUAUGCUCCUUGGUGUGGCGAAUCCAUUUCUGUCAGGGGAGAAAUUGAUCAGGUAGCAAUGAAGCUUCGAGAUCAGGUGCUGUUCAUUGCUGUAAACUGCUGGUGGCACCAGGGGAAGUGCAGGAAGCAAAUGAAUCUCUUUUAUUAUCCUGUAAUCCAUUUAUAUCAGAGAAGGUUUGGCCCUAUCGAAUACAAAGGCCCUCUUACAUCUGCUUACAUGCAUGAUUUCAUUCGACGAGUAAUGAGUCCACUGCAAUACAUCGCAACUCAUUCUAUCUUGCUGAAUUUUCUUUCACAUUAUGAGCCAGGUGUUCUUGGAUAUUUCGAGUUUAACUCCUCACCACAGCCUCCGGGUUACCUGACACUCUAUGUCUCUGCAUUGCAUGCACUAAAACGAGAUUAUCAAGGAACCAUUCGUUUUGGUGUGAUAACCAGCAAACAGGUGGCAGAAAGGAUAUCUGUAACCAGUCCUGGAACAAUUUAUAUGCAUAGACAUUUCAACUCUUCCAUAAUCUUUCCCCGUGAGGUUUUAAACGUCACAGCAGUAAAUAUCUACAGCUGGGCUUUUGAGAACCGUGAGACCUUUAUGUACUGGUUACGACCACAUGGAAGCAAGAGCCUUCUCCUCAACAAUGAACUGAAGAAAGGCCCAGCAUUAUUACUGUUUUUCCCCUUCAGCCCGUUGGCUGAGAAACAGCCACUAAUGAAGGAGAUAACUGAAGUUGCCCUUAAAUAUCACAAUUGUAACAACAGCAAGAGCGUUCAGCGUGUGCUCCAAUAUAUGGAAGAGACCAAUCAGGCUGACCGCAAAGAUCAGGCCACAGAUUCUUUUCCACAUGAAAUGGAACCUUUCUUCCAGAUGAAGAAAUCUUGUUGCAAUACAAUAAUGCUUCCUCAGUGGAAUCGUAUAUCCCAAACUCUCAACAUCUGUGAGUUGUGCAUUAAUCAGACAGUUGGAAUUCGACCAAGUGUGAUCCACCUUGUUCAGUGCAAUUUUAUAGAGAUGGAGGCAGCACUGGAUUCGUUCUACCUCAGAGAGCACACGUUUUUCCAUCCGCGAACAAACACUGUAGAAUGCAGCAACAUUUUGAGCUAUUACAGUCCUUUCAACUACUACACUGUUUGCUGCAGGACAUUUAACAGUUUGUUUAAACCUGAUCAAGUUACCCCUUCAGAACUGGUUUUCAGUGAAGAGCAGAAGAGUGGGGUGAUGAUGACCCACCGCUUUCCUCAUGUUGAGGACAGAAUAUCGACUCUUCUCGAACUGCAUCACAGUCAAAGCCACAUUACAGGACUUAGCUGUAAUACCAAUAAAACUCUGAACAUUUACUUGAUGGAUUCAAAUUUGCACUGGAGAUUUGCCACUAGAUUAGGAGCCAAUGAGUCUGCACAAGUGCAAGAAUUUGCUACAAUUAUUGACCUGUUGGAUGAAAUUCAUUAUGUCCUUGACCAAAGGCAGAUUCUUGAUAAAUCUUCUAUUGAAAACAUUAUAAAGAAUUAUAGCAGGACAUACAGUCCAUUAAGUCGGCAUCUUAUUGCUGGAACAAAAUCUCAAGCUCAGGAAAAAUAUUUAAUUGCUGAAGUCACGACCCAGACUUUUGACAACAUAGUUCUGGAUGCUGAAAAGAAUGUUUUGUUACUCUACUACACUCAAUGGUGUGGAUUUUGCACUGCUCUCAAUCAUGUGUUCAUUCAGGUUGCCCGUCUAUUCCAUGCUAAUGAUGGAAUUAUAAUAGCCAGAAUCAAUGUUGCCAAAAAUGAUCUUCCUUGGGAGUAUAUGGUUGACCAACUUCCAACUGUUCUAUUUUUCCCCAGUAAGAGGAAAGACUUGAGUGUGAAGUACCCUGAAGCUCUGCCAUUUACUGUUCCUAAUCUAGUGAGGUUCAUUCUCUCGCAUUCUACCCAGUUAGUUCAUCAAGACCCAUUCCAGUCUUGUAAUCCAGACUGUAUCCAAAAAGCAGCAGAAUUACAGAAGGACCGAAUUAGCCAACUGGAGAAAGAGCUGCAAAGACUCCGUGCAGAGAUGCAGGUGUUGCAUCAAGCUGAAAAGCAACUGGCUUUGCAGCUCUCAGCGACCAGACAGGAGGAGCAACAAUUGAAGCUCCAUAAUCGAGCUCUGGAGGAGAAAAACGAAAAGCUGAAAAGUCAUAAUGAGAAACUACAAGAUUUGUAUAACCUGAGAAAUGUAGAGCUAGCCAAAACAGCAGAGAAACUGAGUGAAAUUACAGCAGUGUCUGAGAAACUCCUCAAAGAAAACACCUUGCUUAAGACAUAUAUGGCCUCAAUUGAAGAACUACUGGAGGAAAACACUUAUCCCUCCUCAACUCCAGUUCGUGCUGAAGAGGAAUCUCCGUUAACUUCCCAUUCAGAAAAUAAUGCUGAAACCGAAUCUUUUUCUUGUCAUGACACACCUACAUUGUGAAGAGAGAUAAUCAUGAAACUGCAGAUGCAAGGCAUUCUGCUGCCUACCUUUUUAAAAAACAAAAUUGUCCCAGGAAUAUAAACUAUUCUACAUUAGGUUGGCGGAGAUCUCAUGUGAAGUUCGAAAUGUCAGUAAAAGUUUAUUUCUGCAGAAUUGUUUUUUUUAAACAAGAACUUCAUUUAUCAAGUUCCAUUCUUGAGCAUCUUUUUUGUAAAUGAAAAAUCUGGUAAAAGGGGAAAUUCUUUAUUUGUUUACAUUUGAAUAUUGCACUAAUGUGAAAUUUGUUACACACAGUAAAUUUUAUUUCUGUAAAUUAAUGAAUUACAGGAAGGGGAACAGAAUCUGGUCAUAAGAUACAACAAUCUAUCAAGUUAUUUUGAAAUUAUACUGUUUUAAGUACAAUUUGACCAUAUUAAACAUGCUUUGAAUUAAAACAGAAAA